GCGCAGCGGCUCCCUCUCCUCUCCUGCUCCUCUUCGAUGACUGACCGACAGUGACCUCAGUUUCUGCAGCAGCGCACAACUUAAAAGACAGCACACGCGCCAAAUAAUACACCGCACGAGGAGGAGAGAGAUGGCCGGUAUAUUCGGGAAGAUCUUCGUGGGUAUUUACGUGGAGAUAAAACGCAGCGACGGACGAAUACACCAGGCCAUGGUCACGUCACUGCACGAGGACAAUGACAGCGUGACGGUGGAGUGGAUCGAGAACGGAGACACCAAAGGGAAAGAGAUCGAUCUGGAGAGCGUCUUCGCUCUGAAUGCAGAUGUUGCUCCAGAUGAGGAGAUACCUCAGAGUCCCGAAGCUCCUCUUCCUCCCUCGAGUGUUGCCAAAACCAGCAAACUCCCCAAGACCAAACGGACUACAGCGAUACCUAAACCUGAGAAUCCUCCACGAGAGAACAGAGCUGCAGCAGUGGGAACCACCCGGGCCCGUCCCAGCCAGCAGAGCCAGGCUGCAGAGCCGCCCCCCCCGGCCAUCGCACCCCAGUCUGCACUCAACCAGUCGCUGCUGCAGCAGCAGAACGCACGGAAAAAAUCCAACUGUGUGAAGGAAGUUGAGAAACUGCAGGAGAAACGAGAGAAGAGACGACUUCAGCAACAAGAGCUCAGAGAGAAGAGGGCACAAGAGGUGGACGUGCAAUUGCCAAACUAUGAGAUCAUGUGUAUGAUCAGAGACUUCAGAGCCAGCCUGGACUACCGGCCGUUAACCAGUACUGAUCUGGAUCUGAUCGAUGAGCACAGGAUAUGUGUGUGUGUACGUGCACGUCCCCUUAAUAAAAAAGAGCUGACGAUGAAGGAUCUGGACGUGAUCACGGUUCCCAGUAAGGACGUGGUGAUGGUCCAUGAGCCCAAGCAGAAGGUGGACCUGACCCGCUACCUGGAGAACCAAACCUUUAGAUUCGACUACGCCUUCGACGAGAAUUCCACCAACGAGAUGGUCUACAGGUUCACUGCUCAGCCGCUGGUUGAGACCAUUUUUGAGCGAGGGAUGGCGACCUGCUUUGCUUACGGACAAACAGGAAGUGGAAAAACUCACACGAUGGGAGGCGACUUUUCAGGGAAGAACCAGGACUGCUCUAAAGGGAUCUAUGCACUCUCUGCCAGAGAUGUUUUUCUCAUGAUAAAGAAGCCAAAUUACAAGAAGUUGGAUCUUCAAAUCUUUGCCACAUUUUUUGAGAUUUACAGCGGGAAGGUGUUCGAUCUGCUAAACCGCAAAACCAAGUUACGGGUGCUGGAGGACGGGAAGCAGCAGGUGCAGGUGGUGGGGCUGCAGGAGAAGGAGGUGAAGUGCACAGACGACGUCCUCAAACUCAUCGAAGUGGGAAACAGCUGCAGGACCUCCGGUCAGACCUCGGCGAACGCUCACUCUUCUCGGAGUCACGCCGUCUUCCAGAUCAUCCUCCGCCGGCGGGGGAAGAUGCACGGAAAGUUCUCCCUGAUUGACCUGGCGGGCAACGAGAGAGGAGCCGACACGUCCAGCGCCGACCGCCAGACUCGCCUCGAAGGAGCCGAGAUCAACAAGAGCCUGCUGGCACUAAAGGAGUGUAUCCGGGCGUUGGGCAGAAACAAACCUCACACUCCGUUUAGAGCCAGCAAGUUAACUCAAGUGCUGCGAGACUCCUUCAUCGGAGAGAACUCCAGAACGUGCAUGAUUGCAACCAUCUCUCCUGGAAUGGCGUCAUGUGAGAACACUUUGAACACGCUGAGAUAUGCCAACAGAGUGAAGGAGUUUGGGAUUAGUCCCUCAGACAUUCCCUUCUCCCAGAGCGGAGGAGGAGGGAGUCGCUCUGAGCUCUCCCCUUCUUACGAGGUGAAGGAACUCACGGUGGACCCCGAAGCGGAGAUGGACAUCCGUCAGGGAGGACACGUCAACCAGCUGGAGGUGCUGGAGGCUCAGUGGGGAGUCGGGAGUUCUCCGCAGAGAGACGACCUGAAGCUGCUCUGUGAACAGAACGAGGAGGAGGUUUCCCCGCAGCUCUUCACCUUCCAUGAAGCCGUCUCUCAGCUGGUGGAGAUGGAGGAGCAGGUUCUGGAGGACCACAGGGCCGUUUUCCAGGAGUCGAUCCGCUGGCUGGAGGACGAGAAGGUGCUGUUGGAGAUGACGGAGGAGGUGGACUACGAUGUCGAGUCGUUUGCAACUCAACUAGAACAAAUCCUGGACCAGAAGAUCGACAUCCUCACUGAGCUGAGAGAUAAAGUCAAGUCUUUCCGUUCUACACUCCAGGAAGAGGAGCAAGCUAGCAAACAGAUUACCCCGAAGAGGCCUCGCGCACUAUAGACGCACAUAAAUUAUAUAUUUCACUGUAAUAUUGACUCGAGGAAGAUGAAGGAGGUCGAGAGCGGAUUUGGCUCAGCUGUGAUUUUACGACUUUACUGUCUUCUGUGCGUUUGGUCUCUCCUCCACCUCUUUGCUGUACAGGCUGCCGUCGCUUCCCAUCAUGCAUCUGUCCAUCUGUACCACCAGAGAGCAGACCGUCUCUGCUCUGCCAUCCUCCCGUGAAGUGUUUACAAGGUUUUUUUUAUGUGUGAUAAGUCACAAGUGCUUCAUUAUAAAAAGAAAAAAAAGUGAAUAAUUAUGUUUUGAAUACAUUUUUAUAGAGUCAAAUCAUAGCUUAUCCUCACUUUGGCCAAUUUUAUAAAACAACUUUUGCCAUUUUGUGCAAUAUUUGGAGGAUUUUAUUCCCGUUCGCUCCCCUUGUUUCAGCUCAGGGGUGAACGGGGCACGUUGUUUGUGUGUAAAAUGAACCACUGUGUGUUUGUGUUGAUACUGUAUGUAAUAUAUGUUCGAUUGAGAGAAAGCUAAAAAGACUAAGCUAACCCUGCAUCACAUUAAUUGACCUAAUGGGGGCACUAUAAUCAAAGAUUCCAGAGUGUCCCAUAAAACAAUUACUGAAACAGUAAUUUUUCAGUUGCCAAAAUAAAGAAAGUCUACUUGUUGCUGUA